GAGGCAUGAUUUACAGAUUGCGAAAGACAAGAACAGACAGUAAUACAGUUUAAACGUCCAGACUCAUACAAAUGUCCUUCAUUUACAAUAUUCCCCGGACGUCAGGUGCCAUGUCGUGAGACGAUUAGAGAUGACGUAAAAUAUAUACACACUAGACUGUACCAAAAGGUGGAGGUAUGGCGCUUAAAACGUUUUACAUAAGAACAUCUUCAUACAAUACAUAAUAAACGCAAGUAGGACAAUGUUUAGAGCUAUGUCCAUUAAUAUUACUCGUUUUGAGUACUAAAUUAUUAUCGGACUCAAACUAAAGAUUUUUUUAGUUUUACCGACGUGCUUUCCGUGGUUUUUAUUAUUUUUGGUGACGUUUUUUAUUAGGCGACGGCGUUUCAACGCGCAUGCGUCUUCGGCGAUUUUUCUUCCACACGAGCCUGGUGAAAAUGGCGGAGCAAAGUUCCGUGCCGAGUGAUCUUUACAAACAUGUCUAUUCAUUUCUACUGGAGAACAAGUUUACCAAGGCUGCCCAACACUUCAUCAAACAAGCUAAAGUGCCACCCCAGGAUGAAAAAGAAGCCGCUGGUCUUCUUGACAUUUUCAACUUCUGGGUGAAGUCUCCCGAAGCUAAGAAACGCAAGGCGCUGCCCAUCGGUCCUGGGUCCAGUGACCGUCCGUCUGCUAAGAAGGCAAAGACUGCAGAGAGCUCCAGUGAGGAGUCGAGCAGUGAGGAGGAGGAAGCUGCAGCACCUGCCAAGGCCACGCCCACAGCAGCCAAGGCUCCACGCCCUGCUAAAUCAGAUUCCAGCAGCAGUGAUGAUUCCAGUGACGAAGAGGAGGAGGAGGAGGCUGUAGCGAAGAAACCUGUAGCAAUCAAAGCCCCAGUGAAGAGCCCAGUGGUGUCAGCAGCCAGGACAAAGAGCUCCAGCAGUGAGUCAUCAGAAGAUGAGGCCAAAGCUCCUGCAGCUAAACGAAAGGCUGCAGCCGCGACCCCUAAGGCAGGAAAGGCUCCUGCCGCGACCCCUAAGGCAGCAGCUCAGAAGAAGACUGCGAGCAGCAGUAGUGAAGACAGCUCCAGUGAAGACGAGGCGCCCACUAAGACCCCGGUGAAACCUCCUGGCCCCGUCAAGACCCCUCCAGCCAAGGACAGUAGUUCCUCGGACAGCAGUGAUGAGGAGGAGGAGGAGGAGAAGAAGAAGAAGAAGAAGAAGAAAGUGUCAGGUAACGAACUACUGUUUAGUGCUAUCCUGCUAUCUGACACCUCGUUAUUCUCCUCAGCUAAAACAGUCAAAACCACCCCAGCCAAGACUUUGACCCCCAAAGCUGCUGCAGCUGCUAAGAAGGGAGAGUCCAGCUCUGAGAGCACAGACUCCAGCUCUGAAGAAGAAGCAGCAAAGAAGCCAGCAGCAAAGAAGGCUACCCCAGCGAAGGCUACCCCAGCGAAGGCUACCCCAGCGAAGGCUACCCCAGCGAAGGCUACCCCAGCGAAGGCUACCCCAGCGAAGGCUACCCCAGCGAAGGCUACCCCAGCGAAGGCUACCCCAGCAGAAGACUCUGACUCCAGCUCUGAGGAUGAAGAAGAGGCUAAGAAGCCAGAAGUAAUAAGGGUUAAGUCCACAGCUGUCAAAGUAACGGUUACCCCUGCCAAGGAAGACUCUUCCUCAGACUCCAGCUCAGAGGAGGAAGAGGAGGAGAAGGGUGCGAAGACUGUGAAAGUGGCGCCAGCUACAGCAACCGUAACGGUGGCAGAGGUGAAGGAGCGGGGGGCCAAGACUGUGACUGUAGCGGGGGCCAAGGCUACUGUGAAGGUGGUGGAAGACGGCUCCUCUUCCUCGAGCUCAGAGGAUGACGAAGAGGGGACAGUGAAAGCAGCACCAGCUAAGGCGACUCCUACCGUGACCCGAGGCAAGGCUGCUGAAUCCUCCUCGGACUCCGACUCGAGCUCAGAAGAUGAGGAAGAGGCUAAAAAACCAGCAGCCAAGGUGACUCCAGCAAAGACUGCCCCAGCUAAGAAAUCAGACUCUUCCAGCUCUGACUCUGACAGCAGUUCUGAGGACGAGACACCAGCUAAACCUGCUGCAGCUGCUCCCAAGGCCCCAGCCAAGGCUGCUACAGAAAACAGCUCGGACUCCGACUCUUCUUCUGAAGAUGACGAACCCCCAGCUAAGAAGGCUACCCCAGCCUCUGUUGCUAAAUCAGCUUCCAAACCAGCAACCCCGGUUCCUAAAUCAGCCUCCAAACCAGCAACCCCGGUUCCUAAAUCGGCCUCCAAACCAGCAACCCCGGUUACUAAACCAGCUGCAGGGGAGAGCAGCUCGGACUCCGACUCUUCUUCUGAAGAUGACGAACCCCCAGCUAAGAAGGCUACCCCAGCCUCUGUUGCUAAAUCAGCUUCCAAACCAGCAACCCCGGUUCCUAAAUCAGCUUCCAAACCAGCAACCCCGGUUACUAAACCAGCUGCAGGAGAGAGCAGCUCGGACUCCGACUCUUCUUCUGAAGAUGACGAACCCCCAGCUAAGAAGGCUACCCCAGCCUCUGUUGCUAAAUCAGCUUCCAAACCAGCAACCCCGGUUCCUAAAUCAGCUUCCAAACCAGCAACCCCGGUUACUAAAGCAGCCGAGAGCAGUUCAGACUCCGACUCUAGCUCAGAUGAGGAUGAGGCCAUAGCUAAGAAGGCUACCUCUAAACCAGCCACCCCAGUGGUGACUAAAUCAGCCCCAGCCAAGGCAGCAGCCGAGAGCAGCUCCGAUUCAGACAGCUCGGACUCGGAGGACCAGGCUGCUACGAAGAAGACCACCCCCAAGACCACCCCCAAACCUGCAGCCAAGAGUCCUGCCGUCAAGACACCGGCUAAAGCUGCAGAGUCGUCAUCGUCCGAGGAGAGUAGCUCUGACGAAGAGGCCAGUAAAAAGACUGUGAAACCUGCCGCCACCCCCAAGACCACCCCCAAGACCACCCCAGCAGCCAGACCUAAAACCAAGGAGGCCAGCAGCUCAUCAGACGACUCUUCUUCGUCUGAAGAAGAAGAGGCAGCGGAGAAAGCACCGGCAGCAGUCGCCACUCCCAUCGCUAACGGCAUUGUAAACGGUAAGAGAAAAAGGGAUGAAGGAGCCUCGGAGGAUGAGGAAGAAUUAACGACACCUAAAAAUAACAAGGCAGCAGCAGCAACAACACCACAGACGUUCCCGAAAGUCUCUAAGAAGAUCAAUGUGCCUUUCCGUAGAAUAAGAGAGGAGGAAAUUGAUGUGGAUAACCGACUUGCUGACAACUCUUUCGAUGCCAAGCGCGGGUCGGAUGGAGACUGGGGCCAGAGGGCCAAUGACGUGCUCCGCUUCACCAAGGGGAAGUCCUUCCGUCACGAGAAGACCAAGAAGAAGAGGGGUAGCUACUGUGGAGGAGCCAUCUCCCAGUCCGUCAACUCCAUCAAGUUCGACAGCGACUGAGAACCUAGUCAUCGUUUGUCACUACCCCUCUUCCUCCCCUCUCGACCCAGGACUAUCUGAGGACCAGGACGGUCUGCCCCCUUCCCCCGACCUCCCCCUCAGCAGAAACCUGACUGAGCUGAAGAUCAUGAACUGAACUAGAGCUGAGACUGCUGCACUCACAUAAGUGGCUGGUGAUUUGUAGUUCGUAUGCCUGUGUUAAUUAAACCAGUCCUUUUAAAAUGCACAUUUCUGCAAUGGUGGAAUGACGCUGUAGAAGUGGAGACUAGCUUUCCUUGAAAUGGCACCCAGUCAAGACACCUCCCCUAUGUCCUAAACUGCACCCUAUUCCCUACGUAGUGCAAUACUUUUAACCUGAUCGAAAGUAAGGGCACUACUUUUAACCCGAUCGAAAGUAGGGCACUACUUUUAACCCGAUCGAAAGUAGGGCACUACUUUUAACCCGAUCGAAAGUAGGGCACUACUUUUAACCCGAUCGAAAGUAGGGCAC